AUGGCUAGCGGUGCUCGGCGUGGCGGGCGUAGCUCUGCUGCCAUGCAAAAGCCCAAUGGACUCACAUACAUGGAAGGAGCACAUUUGGAAGAGGCAUAUCUGAAGUCUGACAUAAAAGCUGUACCUGUUUUGGAUCCUCCAACCGAGCAUGAGCGAUAUGUCGCGUCACUUCAGUUGGACGUAAUUCGGUGUCAAUGGGACUCGCCAUACUGGACCCAACAUACGCCAAAACGUUCUGGAGAUACCCGACUACUGAGAUAUACGGACAAAUAUCAACCAGACAGACGGGGUGCGUCGUCAUCAUCAUCAUUUCUUCAACAAGUGCCUCUGCAGAAGGACGUAUUCCCACCGCAUCUAUGGGAAAGCUUUACUAGCAGCGAAACACGAAGAAUGGAACGCCGCGCCUUCCCUGCAACAGGGCACACUGCUGCAAAGAUUGAUUGGGACAACCUGCACUUAGAAGAGAAGAAAAAUGGUGAAGGAGAAGAGGAGCCGCCGCCUGAGUCAGACGAAGAAGAUCUGGGCGACUAUGAGGACGAAGAUGAUGAUGAUUACGCCCAAAACUACUUCGAUAAUGGUGAAGAUGACGAUGAUAUGGAUGCGGACGGGGGUGACGAGGCAGCAUUUGACUAA